AUGGAAGAUUCCGUCAUCAAUGUCUUCAAUGACACUAAAACUCAUCAACUAGUAGUUUGUGUCAAGAAUGAUAGAUCUGUAGGCUCUUUAGGUGUGUGGAUUGGGGAUAAUCCAUUCGACUUUGUUAUUCCUAUCACGUUGUGCCAAAUCAUCAUACACACUUUAAUCUCUCGAUCACUUCAUUAUGUUCUCAGGCCUAUUCGAACACCCAAAUUCGUCUGCUGCGUCGUCGCUGGAAUUCUGUUGGGUCCAACAUUCAUAGGGCGCGAGAGAGCUAUCGUGGGGGCUCUAUUUCCGGUGAAACAAUCUUCAGUUUUGAACACGGUUGCGAAAGUAGCCAUUGCUUAUUGGGUGUUCAUCACUAGUCUCAAAAUGGACGUAAUGACAACAUUAAAAGUAGCGAAACGUUAUUGGCGAUUUGGUGUAAUUCCUUUCUUUUCUUCAUUUUUUGUCACAGUAACCCUAUUGUUUUGGUACAAUCCCACCGUUGCUAGCAGAGGCAAAGUCCAAAACUUCCCCAACAUCUUCACCUUGAGCAGUUUCGCUGUGGUGUCUGAAACCCUAUCGAACUUAAACCUCGUAGGCACCGAGAUGGGGCAGAUUGCUCUAUCUUCAGCCAUGACCAGCGAGAUAUUGCAGUGGAUCACGAUGGAGAUCCAGUUCAACUCAAAAGAGACCCCGGAAUAUAUGCUUGUGCUUUUGAUAAGUGUCAGCGUAAUCGCUAUGAUAUGUCUUUGUAUUGUGCGACCAAUGGUGAAAAUGGUUAUUGAGAGAACACCACCGGGGAAGCCAAUAAAAGAAGCACACGUUAUCAUCAUACUUCUGGGACCUCUAAUGAUGGCAGCACUUAGUGACGUAUUUGGCAUAUAUUUCCUUGUAGGACCUCUCUUCUAUGGUUUUGUUUUACCCAGUGGACCCCCCCUGGCGACAACAAUUUUGGAGAGAAGUGAAGUGAUCAUCUCACACUUUCUUAUGCCUUUCUUCUACUUGUUCAUUGGCUUAAGGACAGAUAUUACUGGAAUUCCUCAGCAUUGGCCUGUGGUUCUAUCAGUUCUGGCUAUCUUACUUGUCGGGUGCUUGGUUAAGAUUAUUGAUAAUGAAGUCUUCAGCAUAUCGGUGAUGUACGUGUUGUUCAUAACAUCAGUUUGCAUACCCUUGAUUAAAUCCUUGUACAGGCACCGUCGGGUGCUGCAAACGCCAUCCAUACACGAAAGAGGUGUGAGAACAAUCCAAAGCAUUUUGGAGAACCAAGGGUUCAACAUCGUGUCAUGUGUUCACACGGACGAACUCGUGCACAGCAUGAUUGCCCUGAUAGAAGCAUGCAGCCCCACCAUACAAAGCCCCAUAUCCAUCUACGUGGUGCACCUCAUUGAACUCGUUGGCAAAACCACACCGAUUCUUCUUCCCAUGAACGUUAACAACAGAAAAUCUUUGUCGGUAAACUACCCCAACACCAACCACAUUCUUCGUGCCUUCGAAAAUUACUCCAACAACUCAAGUGGACCAGUAAGAAUUCUCUCAUACGUGAACGUGGCUCCAUACAAAAGCAUGCAUGAAGCAGUUUGCAACCUCGCCGAAGAUAGCUCCGUGCAUGUCAUCAUUAUUCCGUUUCACCAAAACGACAAUUCUUUAAGUAACCACGUGGCAACCAAAGUUCGAGAACUCAACGCAAGCUUUCUCGCAAAUGCGCAAUGCACGGUGGGGAUUCUCGUGGAUAGAUACUCGAUGCUGAGUGGCAGUAGCUCCAAGGUUUCUUUCCACGUUGGAAUCUGCUUCAUAGGUGGAAAAGACGAUAGGGAAGCGUUGGCAUUGGGGAUUCGAAUGUUGGAGCGCAUGAACACGCGUGUCACCUUGUUUAGGUUUGUUGUGGUCAACAAAGAACAACAUGCGAGUUUUGUGGAGAAAGAAGAGGAGAUACUAGAGAGAACGUUGGACGAGAGUUUGGUAGAUGAGUUCAAGGCGAAUAAAAACUUUAGUAGUGACUUUGUUAACGUGAUGUACCACGAGAUUGUGGUGGAGGAUUGCAUUCAGGUGUUGGAAGCGAUUCGGGGAAUGGAGAACGACUAUGACCUAGUGAUGGUGGGGAAGAGACAUAGCAUGGGGGAUUUAAUGGAAGAGGAAAUGUCCAAUUUCAUGGAUAAUGCGAAACAGUUGGGGAUUUUUGGGGACAUGUUGGCAUCAAAUGAGUUUUGUAAAGGGAGAGUUCCAGUGUUGGUGAUGCAGUGUGGUGAGAAACGGGUGAAACAGUUAGAAAAUAAAGUUGUUCCUGGUUACUCCACCACUAAUUAA